CUUCUCCAUACCACCACCAUGUCCGACCUCGACGCAGAUCUCUAUGGCGACCUCUAUGGGAACGAUGAAACCGAAUUCGACCCAACCCAGGGAAACGUCGAUGCGACUGAACCUGAACCCCUCAAGCCAGACGCCAAACCAACACCCGCCGCCGUCGCGCCCAAACCUGUCCCAGCUGCCACCGUGCAACCUCCAAGACCAGCAGUGACUGGGCAACCAAUAGCAACGUUUUCGUCUGUGACUCAGCAAAUCCCAACCUACGAGCAACCCCAAACAAAUGACUACCGAGGCGGUGGCAUCUCGUCUGAUGGUGCUUACCAUGGUGGCGGAGAGCGGAGCGUCAGGCCUUCGGAGAUGAAAGAUGAAGGCAAAAUGUUUAUUGGUGGCCUAAACUGGGAUACGACAGACGACGGUCUCCGCGAUUACUUCAGCCAGUUCGGAAAAGUUGAUGCCUGUACCAUCAUGCGCGACGCCGCCGGACGUUCCCGUUGCUUCGCUUUUUUGACCUUCGACGAUCCCGCGAGUGUGAACGCUGUGAUGGUUCGUGAGCAUGUACUCGAUGGCAAGAUCAUUGACCCCAAACGCGCCAUUCCCAGACAAGAGCAUCAGCGUGCCACUAAACUUUUCAUCGGCGGUCUCGCUGGCAGUGUGACAUCUGAGUCUAUGCGAGCGUUCUUUUCGCAGUUCGGAAAGGUCAUCGACUCGACCGUGAUGUUAGACCGCGAGACUGGCCGCAGCAAAGGCUUUGGAUUUGUCUCUUUUGAGGACACUGACGUUCAACCCUUCCUUGGCUUCGGGAACCUCGAAAUCGACGGCAAACUGAUUGACGUAAAACUUGCGCAACCACGGUAUCAGCGCGACAAUUUCAGUGAAGACAACCCAACUGGCGCUGCGACCACCAACUUCAACGCUGCAAACAACUUUAGCGGAAAUGGGCAAGCAGCGGGGAACUUCAGCGCUGGUGCGGGGACGCCGUUCGACCCUCAGGCACUUGCGGCUUUGUAUACGCGUAUGUUUCAGAUGGCGGGCGGUGGAGGGGGGAUGGGCAUGAUGGGAAACGCUAUGGGAAAUGGUAUGGGGAAUGGCAUGGGUAUGAUGGGAAUGGGUGGAAUGAUGGCCGGAAUGGGCCGAGGGAUGGGGAUGACGCCAGGAAUGGGACGAGGCACUCCGCCAGUUGCACCGGGAGGUGGACCGGGCCCCAAUGUUCCUCGAGGGCCGCGUGCCCAAACCGGUAAUGGACCACCAACUGGCCCUAUGGCGGGUAACGCUGGAGUGGGCCCUCAGCGAGUGGGAGUGCGCGGCCAGCACAACUACCAUCCGUAUGCUCGGUGA